CGGCUCGGUGGCCCCAACUCUGGGCAGUCGAGUUCCGCGUCUCCGAGCGUAGAGUUCAGUCUUUAAAAACGCUCCCGAUUCAAGUCCACCACCAAAGUCCUAAAUCGCGCGCCAAUUUUUUUUUUUCUUUGGGCCUAAGCCUACAUCGUACAUCGUUCCGGAGAACCAUAGGACCUUCUUCUUUUAUUUUUUUUGUUUGUGUUUUGAGUGCAUUUACCCCCCAAUCGACCACCCCACCCACUGUGGUUGCAACAGCACCAGAACCAGCACCGGAGGACACAAGGAUAUCACACGUGCAAGAUGUCUGGCUCAAGGAAACAGAUCCCACAGCUGCUGCUGGCCCUGCUCCUGGUGGGCAGUGCCUUCGUCCUUCAGCUGGAGGCCAAGAGCGUCAUGCGGCGCACCGACAAGAUCUCGGAGAACUUCAAGCAGCUGGAUCUGCCGCCCGAGGAGAUCGACCCCAACGUAGCACCCCCCGAGUCGGAGCCGCCCAAGGUCGAGGAUGUGGUGGAGGAGGCGGCGGCCAGCGACCCCGUUCCAGUGAUCGAUGACAGCGCCAACGAGAUCGCCAGCGGUGAUGCCGAGGGCACGGCCAACGCCGUGGAGACUGCCGUACCGGAAGUAGCUGCUGCAGCUGUUCCGGAAGCCGCUCCAGAAGCCGCCUCCGCUGCUGCACCAGCUGCUGCUCCGGCCGCCGCCACUACCGCGGCUGCCGCCGUCAAGCCGACCAAGGCACCCACCACCCCCAAGCCGGAGAACCCCAUCAGCAAGUUCUGCAAGUGCUCCGAGACGCACUGUGACUGCUGCCGUAAGUUCGGCCUGCCUCUGCUCCCGGCGGGACAGGGCUGCGCCAAGAUCGCCUACCUGGGCAACGACGAGAUGAGCGUGUCCUUGAAGUACGGCGACUUCACCCUCGCCUCCCGCCGCAUCUCCAGCAAGCGCGCCCGCCCCAUCUGCGUGGGCCUGCCCGGUGGCUACACCCAGUUCUGCGGCCGCAUGUACGGCCUGUCGCGCGCCAAGGACUCCAAAGACUUCAAGGCAUGCCUGGCUUUCGAGCUGCGCGCCGAUGAAGAAGUGGAGGCCUCCCUGCGCGUCUCCUGCUUCAAGUUCGGCCCAGAGGGACUGCGGGUGGCCGAGGCGGAGCCACUACCGGUCAAGCCCAGCACGGACGAUGACGAGGACGAUGAUGACUUCUUCGGACUUGGCGGUGGCGGCGAUGACGACGAGGAUGAGGACGACUACGACAGCGAUGCCGAUACCGAGACCGAUGACGACGACGACACCGAGGACUACGCCGACGACGACGAGGCCGAGGCACCAGAGGACGCCGACUACGGCGGCUUCAGCUUGGCUGGACUCCUUGAUGAGCUGGACGAUGACGAGGACGAGAAGCCGGUGAAGAAGCCAGCUGUUACUCCCGCCUCUGAUCAGACCCGCGAGGUGGUCACCACGGAUGCCCAGACUCCGGUGGCCGAUCCCGUCCAGAGCAAGGACGAGGCGGGAGCUACAGCUGCCGCUCCCGCAGAAACCCCAGCCGCAGACACCGUUCCCGCUGCUGCUGCCGCCAAUGCGGCCGAGGAGGUGGCCGCUGCCGUGACCCCCGCCCCCGCCGCGGCGGAUGACUCCACCACGCCCAAGGCCAAGAAGUCGAAGAAGGCGAAAAAGAACAAGAAGAAGAAGGCCGCCGCAGAGGCGAACGAGGAGACGGGAUUCGCGUACGAGCUGCUCAACGGUAUCCUGGAUUUUUUCAACUGAGCGGCCAGCGGGAGCUGGCCAACAUGCUGGGAAACAGUGUAAAUACCGUGUACCGUCACUGGCCGGAAACGGAUACGGUUACGGUAACGGAUACGGAUAGCUAUAGUUACGCCCGUAGUGCUUAAGACCGCGAAAAAAUUCAUAUAUUUAUUGCAAUUGCUAUUUAUUCGAUCGCUUCCAGUUCAGCUUCGUAAUUGUAUGUUUAAUUUAUUUAACUUUAUGAAGAAUAAAAGUCGAAAACAAA